AUGAUUUCUUCCAAUAAUUCUGAUCUCUUUCCACAUACUUUCUUCUUGGCUGGCAUCCCAGGAUUGACUGCUGCCCACAUUUGGAUCUCACUUCCCUUUUGUUUUAUGUUUUUCCUGGCACUGACUGGGAAUGGUGUCCUGCUUUUUCUCAUCCGGACAGAUCGUAGCCUUCAUCAGCCCAUGUUUUUCUUUCUCGCAAUGCUCUCCUUUGUGGACCUGGUCCUUUCUCUCUCCACACUGCCCAAGAUGCUGGCCAUUUUCUGGUUUGGUGCUACAGCCAUCAGCUCUUACUCUUGUCUUUGCCAGAUGUUCUUCAUUCAUGCAUUCUCUGCCAUGGAGUCAGGGGUGCUUGUGGCCAUGGCUCUGGACCGCUUUGUGGCCAUCUGUAACCCACUGCGUUAUACAACCAUUCUUACCCCAGUUCUUAUUGCCAAGAUUGGGGGACUGGUGGUGUUGCGAGGUGUGGGAUUGAUACUCCCCUUUCCAAGCCUGGCCCAUCAGUUGCUCUACUGCAGUUCACAUACCAUUGCCUAUACCUACUGUGAGCAUAUGGCAGUGGUGAAGCUGGCCUGUGGGGCUACCACCGUGGACAACUUCUAUGCCUUUGCUGUGGCAGUUUUUCUUGGAGUGGGAGAUGUGGCUUUUAUUGCCUACUCGUAUGGGCAGAUUGUGAGGACUGUGAUGCAUUUUCCUUCACCAGAGGCACGUGCUAAGGCAAGCAGCACAUGUGCAGCCCAUAUCUGUGUCAUCCUCUUCUUCUAUGGACCAGGCUUUCUUUCUGUGGUCAUGCAGUGCUUUGGGCCACCCACAGCCUCUGCUGCCAAGGUCAUCCUUGCUAAUCUCUACUUGCUCUUUCCCCCUGCAUUGGAUCCCCUGGUUUAUGGCAUCAAGACCAAGCAGAUCCAGGAGCGCCUGUUUACAAUUCUGAGCCCCAAGUGGAUUGAGCCCAUUUGA